CGCUCCGGGACCAGGCCAAUCCAUACGCUCCCGCUUUUAGGAUCCACCAAUCGCCGUCGUCCCUUCUCCACCGCCAGGAAGAGGCCUCUCCCUCAUUCUUGGGUAGACCCAGCCAAUCCCGAGAGGCCUUCCAUAGUUCACAGUUCUUCCAAUAGCCGCACGGGAAACGGCCAGGUCGGGCAGAGGCUGAAGCUGGGAGGAAGGACUGGCAGGAGUCCCAAUCCGCGAAGGCGCGGCGGAGCAAGUGCAGAAGGCUUGGCGGGCAGUGAGUCGCCAUGGAGCCAGACGGGACGUACGAGCCGGGCUUCGUGGGUAUUCGAUUCUGCCAGGAAUGUAACAACAUGUUGUACCCCAAGGAAGACAAGGAGAACCGCAUUCUGCUUUAUGCGUGCCGGAAUUGUGAUUACCAGCAGGAAGCCGAUAACAGCUGCAUCUACGUCAACAAAAUCACGCACGAAGUGGACGAACUGACCCAGAUCAUUGCUGAUGUGUCCCAAGACCCCACAUUGCCGCGGACCGAGGACCACCCAUGCCAGAAGUGCGGCCACAAGGAGGCGGUGUUCUUCCAGUCACAUAGUGCCCGGGCUGAGGACGCCAUGCGCCUGUACUAUGUGUGCACUGCCCCACAUUGUGGCCACCGCUGGACCGAGUGACCCCUCCCUCUUUAUUAUAAUAAAUGCCAGGUUCUGUU